AUGAGUGCUAACCUCAAUCGUGACUCUCAACGUUUUAUUGAACAAAGAAAUUUACAAACAUAUCUAGAAUGCACAAUAUUAGCAAUAUUAUCAUACAACACUGAAAUACAACUGAUCAAACCACAAAAAUUAACAAAACAUUCUCAGCCUUUUAUUAAAAUUAAAAAAUUGAUGAUACUCAACGACGAUAAAUGGAGUUUGGAGAUUGACACUAUAGUAAAAGAACGAAUUAAAGCUAUUGAAAAAGAUUAUAAAAACAGUGGAGUCGCCAAAAAUACAGCUUUUAGAAGGUCACUUAAUCACAAGAAAAGGGACAUGAUGCAUAUUGUGGAAGAUAUUAUAUAUGAGUGGGGAUAUACAGUUCGGUACGAAGGAGAAAACAGAGAAGGGAUUUAUGGCAACGUUGAAAUUGAAAUGCCAAAUGGAAAACUUAUCAACAAAAAGCGAAUUGUUGAUAUAGAUCAAAGAGUCUGGGAAUACUUGAGAGUUAAAAUGGUAUCAUCAAAACUACACUACAACGAUACGAACUUUGUGAAGUGUUAA